UGUCAGGCUCAAGUUCACAAUUUUCUCAAACAUGACUGUCAAGUUGGCUCCGAAAACCAACGCAGCAAUCGAUAUGAGUUUCGGUGAAGAUUACAGUGCCACGUACGUAGAGCUGAAUACAGUUAUGAAUUUAAGGUGUCCAUGACACUCACAUUUUUCUCUUCAACCGCAAAUCUCAGCAACAGAAAUGGCUUUGAGAGGAGCUGCUGCUGCUUCCAUGGCUUCUGCCUCCUCAUCAUUCAUUGCACGACGAAGAACCCCAAUUUUCCUCUCCAUUCCUCGCUAUUUUAAACUCAAAGCCCAUAAUCCUCCUACGUAUCACGCCAAUUCCCUUCUCGCCAUUCCUAUUUAUCGACCCGGAUUUCAAUGUCAAAUUCGGGCAAUUAGUCAAGCAGCUGCAGAGAUCGAAGUCUCCAAGAGAGAAAGCGAAGAACAAUCACCCGAAGACUGGAAGAUUAAAAUGCUUUAUGAUGGAGAUUGUCCGCUUUGCAUGCGCGAGGUCAAUAUGCUAAGAGAGAGGAAUAAGACCUAUCGAACAAUCAAAUUUGUCGAUAUAAGCUCAGAUGACUACUCUCCGCAGGAGAAUCAAGGCCUGGACUACGAAACUGUUAUGGGCAGAAUUCAUGCUAUUCUCUCAGAUGGAACUGUAGUCACAGAUGUUGAAGCAUUUAGGAGAUUAUAUGAACAAGUUGGUCUUGGUUGGGUUUAUGCCGUUACAAAAUAUGAACCAAUUGCUACAGUUGCUGAUGCAAUAUAUGGUGUGUGGGCUAAAUACCGUCUUCAAAUUACAGGGCGACCACCUAUGGAAGAAAUAUUAAGAACUCGAAGAAAGAAGGGUGAAGCAUGCAAAGACAGCAAUGCUUGCAAGAUGUGAACUUCCAUGAUGGCUAAUUGUGUUGACUAUUUUAUUCACAACUUCUAAAGUUUGGAUUUAUGUGAGCUUGGUUUGAAAAACAAGCCAGCAUAGAUACAUUUCACAGGGAUUCAUGUCUGUUUCAGUGUAUCUAUCAGAAAACUCUUUUAUACAAAUUUUGAUGCGAUGAGCUGAACUGGGAAUGUGUAUAAAUAUAACUUGGGGCAGUGAAUCACCAAGGAAGGUUAUGCAGAAAAGUUCCUUUUGCACGUAAAUACAUAUACACAGAAAGUUUCCCUA